GAAGACUGUUUAAAAGCUGACUGAAAAUGCUUGGUAUGGUCCAGAAAAAACUGCAUCGAGACACCUUAAACCGUUAACUUUCAAAGAAUAACCUGGUAAUUUGCAUAAAAUUGAACUCUCUUACAUGCCGUAGCAGUUUAUAUUACUGACAGGGAACAAUUUAAUUUCAAGAGCUGUAGCCGCUAUAACCGUAACAGCUGUAACCGAAAAACAAUAAUCAAGGUUUCCUAAAAUGUAGAUAUUUUGAGCAAAUGAUAUAUACCAGAGGCCAUUUGUACAAGUCAAAGUUGGCCUUUAUUAAUUCCUCGCCAAGAGACACAAAUGGCGGCUGUACAAUUACGCUUAGUUAAAAAGCUACAAACAAAACUUCAAGAAACUGUUCACAAAAAUUUCAAGUAUAAGAAUGAAAUUUGUGCCAAGCUUCCUUUUCAUAGGAUCCUUUUUACGUCCCGGCUGUCUUCGUAAAGAAGCAUGACAUUUUGAGCAUUUAAGCCGCGAAAACCACCAUUAUAAAUUAUGCAAAUUUCAAACUUCGCCCGUCAAAUAAAUCGUUGGAACUUUAAACUAUUUUUCCUUGAAUAAGUUGACCCAAACAAGUACGUUUUGGCGAAAUAAAAAAAGAUCGAUUUUUCGGGAUUGUUUCUCGAUUCUCGACAUUCUGAGAAAAUCAUUAAUAUAUUCUUAAAUCUGAAAAUUGUUAUUGUCCCUUAAUUUUCUGGUAAAAAAGCCAGUUCAUUCGCUGGAAUGACAGUGUUGAGCAGAUCACCUCAUUAUUUUGAGCAUGGACAGAAUCGAAAAUAGGCGCACACGCUAAUUAAACCAGAUUCCGUGUGUAUUGAAUGUUGAAAAUCUUGACGCGCUUAAGUGAGGCUGGAUUUCGAGUCUUCGGCAUGUCUUCGGCUGUUCUUUUGAUAUCAAAAACGCACAUGAAAUGGCUUUUCCUUUCAUUAGAAGAACGCAACGUUUUAAGACUUAGAAGAUACGCUAUGAAGAUUAGCUAGAAGCAUUUAGAGUAUGCAGAAACUAGAGAACGGAAGAAGGUCGAACUAGCGCACAAGUGGUUUUUGAGCGCUUUGCCGCAGUGUUAAAUACAUUUAAAAUGCGAUUUAAGUUUCCGUAUUCGGCACAGGUGAAAGUUUAGCAAAAGGACACAAAGGCCUCUUUCGACAAGAUCCGGUUCACACGAAACAGAAUUUAAAUAAGUUCGUUUGCGGUGUUAGACGCAGUUUUUUCCUUCGUUGUGGCGAGGAUAAAGUUCUGCGCAAAAUCGUCGUUCAGUGGAGGUUUUCGUCUUCCUGGUAGUCCAGGAAAUUAUAAAACCCUCCGCGAAGAAUUUUUAUAGGCAUAUAGUUGGAAGUUACGUGAGCGAGAAUCCUAAAGUGGAAUAUUUGGAGGUAAUUGAAAUUAUUAUGUUUUUUUUUUUGAAGGAUAAAGCCAGUUUUCAAUCCAAACUUGGCCUCUAUAUAAUUAUGUAUUUUGAGGAAGAGUAUUUUGAAGUUUAAAGUUUCUUUUUUUCCAUAAUGGGUCGUGUUUCUAUACCAUUUUAUAAAAUUUUACUGAAAAGUAAGCAAAAUUUAUCGCAGCAUUGAUGCGGCGGAUUAACCUGUAAUUUCUGGCGUCGAAAUAAGCCAUAUUUGUACGAAAGCAUCGAUCGUUAAACAGUAAAAAGAAUAUCGCAAGUGUUUGAAGAAGGAAUUUCAUUACUAUUACUGCCUAAUACUUUUGCAAUUCUUCGCAAUUAGAAAAGAACGGCUUUCUUCUUUUUCAUUCUAUAGCAUUCUGUUUCCAAAACACUGUGAAGAACUACAAAGUGUCUUGGCAACCAACGUUUUGACAAACAAGACCCCGAUUGCCUAUUUACCAGUUUGUGGUUCCGUGGGAACAAAAACAAGCGAGUGAAUUUGGAGGGAAGAACAGCUUCGACGAAACUCCAGCAUCCAAUCGAAAUCGAGUGAAAAAUCAAGAAAACAAAAUAUAGCGGCGAUGUCGGCCGCAAACCUCUCGAACAUAAACGAAGGUCACUGUUCCUGGCCGUUGCACCCCGGUAAGACAUCAUGCUUCGCACCGAACAGCUUGCAUCUUCCACUGUUGGUUGUGGUUGUGAUCCUAAACUGCACUCUUUCCAUGGUCUCCGUGACGGGAAACGCUCUGUGGAUAGCAGCCUAUACCAAAACGCCAACCCUUCAGACGCCGUUGAACAUGUGCCUUCUGAGUUUAGCGUCUGUUGGCCUCUUCAACGGCGCAGUGAUGCAACCUUUGAUAAUAUCAGACGCCAUCUAUUUCCUAGCUUGUCCUUUGAAGACUUGCUCUUUGGAGCACAUCGUCACUGGAAUAAUAACUUUGGUGGCUGACAGCACCCUCCAAAACAUUGCCGUCAUCUGUAUUGACCGUUACAUAGCAAUUCUCCACAGCGCUAAGUACUGCCAGUUAGUUUCCAAAAAGAGAAUCGUAAUCGCUUUUUGCACCUACGCACUCUUUCGUCUGUUUUUAAGUAUCUGCGUUUUCACUGGAAUCCUCGAUUAUACUGCUCUGGUUAUCUCAUCAAUAGUUCUUAGCAUUGUGAUUGUCUGUUUUACUUGUAUACGGAUUUUUCUUCAGAUUCGUCGCCUCGGAAGCGUUUCAGUCGGACCAGUGAACCCGGAGGAAGAAAGAAGGAAAGCUCAGGAGCGAAAAAUCACCAAAACUAUCGGUGUUAUCAUUGCAAUUUCGGCUCUGUGUUACGGCCCUGCUCUAGGAUAUUUCUUCGCCAGUAAAUUAACUGUCAGAAGCGAAGGCCUACAUGUCAUACUCUGGCGUUUUAUUGNAGCGAAAGAGGGACUACUCUUAGUCUGGGGUAAGACCGCCUCUGGGCCAAAACCCUGCGGGGGCAAUUAA